AUAUGAAUGCGUAACUAAUUAUCUGUAAUGUAUUAUUUUUUCAAGGAUUAACAAUGGUACUAAUAUGAAGGCCUUUAAGCUUAUCGUACAUCAAUCUAGUUUUAGUCCGGAGGAUUUAAUAAUAAACCUUAAGGAUUACCCCGGUCUAAAAGAAAAAGAUAUUGUGGAAAUUUAUCAUCCUGAAAAUGAUUACCCAAGGCUGUUGUUACAAGUCACUAAGGUGGAUGCACCGGGUCGAGUCAGAGACACAAUCAGUGUGGAGCAUAGUAUAGCAACAACUUUCCAGUUAAGAACAUUUGCUGAUGUGUAUGUCAAUAUUGUCAAUGUUGCCGAUGUGGCUCUGGACUCUGUUGAACUCACAUUCAAGGAUCUGUACAUGGGAAGGUCUGAAAUGUGGAGGUUGAAGAAUCACUUGGUAAACACAUGUGUCUAUUUAAAUAAAAAAAUUGAAUAUUGUGGUGGGGCAAUUAGAUGCCAAGUGUAUGAAAUGUGGUCACAAGGAGACAGAGUGGCUUGUGGCGUCAUUACUGAAGACACAAAAAUAGUUUUCCGAUCAUCAACAUCUAUGGUCUACCUAUUUAUACAAAUGUCUUCCGAGAUGUGGGACUUUGAUAUUCAUGGAGAUUUAUAUUUCGAAAAGGCUGUGAAUGGGUUUCUUGCUGAUCUCUUUGCUAAGUGGAAGAAAAAUGGAAGCAAUCAUGAAGUUACAAUAGUUUUAUUUUCAAGAACUUUCUAUAAAGCUAAGACAUUAGAAGAGUUCCCUCAACACAUGAAGGAGUGUCUACAGCAAGAUUAUAGAGGACGAUUUUAUGAAGAUUUUUAUAGAGUAGCUGUUCAAAACGAGAGAUACGAAGACUGGUCCAAUGUACUCUUGCAAUUAAGAAGACUGUUUACGGAUUAUCAAAAGAUUGUAUUACAAUACCAUGAACGACCUAACAUGGAAAUACCUACUGCAAUAAACUCUACUGCUGCACAAGGGAACUUUUUAGAAGUGCUUAAUAUGAGUUUAAAUGUGUUUGAAAAACAUUACUUAGAUAGAUGUUUUGACCGAACUGGCCAAUUGAGUGUAGUUAUAACACCAGGAGUAGGUGUGUUCGAAGUUGAUAGAGAACUAACUAAUGUUACCAAACAAAGGAUUAUAGACAAUGGAGUUGGGAGUGACUUAGUCUGCGUCGGAGAGCAACCAUUGCAUGCUGUGCCAUUAUUGAAGUUUCACAACAAAGACAAUAAUUUGAAUUCUAUCGAUGAUUACUCUAUGCCUCACUGGAUAAAUUUAUCAUUUUAUUCCACGAAUAAAAAAGUAGCAUAUUCAAAUUUUAUACCUAGAAUUAAACUGCCGCCUAGAAAGAGCCAGGAGCCACUCAAGAAAAUGUAUGAGGAUGAAAAGAAUGGAAAACUCCUUAAGGAGGACGAAUAUAUGCACAACUCUAUUUUCGAUUAUGAUGCGUAUGACGCUCAAGUUUUUCAGUUGCCACCUGCACAUAGUACGUGUGUGCAAAGGGUGGCGCGUACGAAGAAGACGUCUGUAGCAGGUUUAGAGGGCAUGAGCAGAAGAAGUCCGCCUGCUACACAUCAUAGAAAAAUGUCAGAUCCAGACAUACAUCACAGUUUGGGUGAUAUACUAAGUAUAGGAAAUAAAGCAAAUGUAUUCGACUCUAACAGUGACGCAACGGAUAGCCCUCUAUCCAAUAAGCGACUGUCGCCCCGCAGUUCGAUCUCAAACCACAAGCCGGUUAUUAGGACUGGCCGAGCUCUCAUCAAUCCAUUCGACCCGUCACAUGUUACCGUCAAGCUUACCAGUAAUAGAAGGAGAUGGACACAUAUAUUCCCUAAAGGCCCCACCGGUGUGUUGAUACAGCAGCACCACUACCAAGCGCGUCCGGCUGGCGAAGCUGCUUCCCGUACCGAACCACGGGACAACAACAAAGAAAACGGUUCUGCCGUUGUGAAUAAUAACCAUUCUAUAUAUCAAGUUGAUGGGAACAUCAUGGGUCGCAGGCGGAUGAUUAGUACAUCGGUUGCUAUGACGGUUUUGGGGACAACAUUAGGUGCACCGUCCACCACCAAUAACGCGUCCUUGGCAUUACUAUGGGGCGCCACUGGUGAACAGGAAUGGACGCCAGCCCUUACUACAGCGAACCGAGCCAUAGGUGUGGACUGGAAAUCACUAACAAUUCCUGCGUGUUUGCCUAUAACAACGGAUUAUUUCCCGGAUAAGCGUUCGCUUCAGAACGAUUAUCUAGUUUCGGACUACAACUUGUUACCAGACGACGUGAAUGCAGAUUUCGCACAGAACCGUGCUAUAUAUAAAGAACCACUAACAACUAUGGAGGUGUUUAAGGAGUUGGUAUCCCAAAGAUUGGCGCAGGGGUUUCAAUUAAUAGUGGGUGUGAGUGAGAAUGACGUAAUCGAAGCUCACUGUCCUUCGACGCCGGCGCCGCCACCGUCGAAGGUGGCUCCGCAGUGCGGUAAGCCUGCCAAUGCCGCGCCUACAAAACGAUACCUGCUUUCUAUCGGCAGGAUAUUCCACAAGCUAACAUUAUUUGGUUCUACCAUUACCGUUACUAGAUACAGACCGAGACAUCCGUAUCCGCCUUUCAAUAUACACUACCGAUAUCGGUUCCACGCACCCAAUCAUGACACAUACGAGGUUUCAUGGGUGUCUUUCACUACUGAAAAACUAGAAACAUACAACUGGAAUUAUAUGGACCAUUACAUUUGCACCAGGGGCGAUACAGACUUUGCACUAGUAGAGGCCCUUAAAUACUGGCGAUUCCGAACGUUACUUUUGCCGCUGCCCUGUCCCGCCACCAAACAGAUACUGGAAGAUGAAACUACACAUUGUGACAUCUAUCCGACUUCAACACGACAAGACCUCGAUCAGCUGACCGAUGGAUUUUUAAAAAUGACAGAAUUAUACUUCAAUAAGGUCAAAAGACCUAAUAAACAGAGGAUGGCGGGCGCGGUCGGCGCGGGCGGCGCCAACGACUCGGCGCUAACGCGGCGGCGACAUUCUACCUCCAUCCUCACUAGGAGCGCCCAGGGAGGGGGCGUGUCGAACUCUCCAUUCAGGGAGCGUGUGGGCAGCACGCGAUUGCCGGACCGGCCGCGGCUCCGGAUCGAAGCUGUGGCCGCUGCAAAAACCGUGCUGGAAAGAACACACUCACAAUCUGGUGAAUGCGACGACACGUAUGAUGACGGCGUAAUAGAACCAAAAUUAAAAGCGAAUGCUAGCCUAUCUGAUAUCAUCGACCGCAUGCGCCACCCUACUCUUGGUGUGGGCUUUCUACAGCAGACCGUCAGCUUGCCGUCCCAUACCUUUGUAUCCAUAUACGCGAUACAUUGGCUACAAGCUAACAUGGAAGGUGUGAAUUCUGAAAAAGCAACUGCUAUUAUGGAGAAAAUGCUUCAGGAGAAAAUGAUAUGCCAUGCGUCCGGGGAUACAAUGAAACGUUUUGUUGUCGGAUACUAUAUGUAUCAUAUUCUUCCACAGAAAAAAGAAAAAGAAGUAUCAGACUACGUGAAACCCCUCGGUGAUUUACAAAGCUUUGAGAACGAAUGGAUGGAAGUGCAAGUCCUGGGGCCGCGCUCCCCACUCCUGCCGGUAGACACCACCAGCGGCGCCAUUGACAUAUCGGGCUUAUGUCCGCUCACCAACGACGUCGGCGUGCCUGCUUUCCUAUGUGACAACAUCGACCCAAAUUAUAUGCAAUUGGAAAGCGACGUCGAUUGUAUACCAUUGUACAAAAAUACUCAUCUGGACAUAGACGUGAACAACAAGAGUGAUCGCAUUGAGUGGGGCCACGCGCGUUACCAGGCCACGUUCCGGCCCGACCAGGCUUACGAGAUGUGCAUACAGUGGACGAUUGCCAGCGGAAAUAUUGUAGCUGAAUUAAUAUUUGGAUGGGCCAGAAAAGCUCAAAAUUGCCGACUUCAGAUGGUACCAAUCCCUGCGGACCCACUGGCAUUGCCGUUUACAUUGAAAUCAGAUCCAUUGCGCGGACCUAUCUACGUCCCCCUCAACGAAGAACCGCUGCUUCGCAACAGGAGUGGUUUAUUUGAAGGUUUCCCAGAAGACACAUGGCUCGAACGACUGUUUCUGUUCCAAGAAGCAAUCGUUGGUCGUUUCGGUUUUAUUAAAUGCACCGUAGAGAGUACGUCGCACGAGGCCGGAGUGGGUGACCACUUGUACGUACAUGUCACUGGCAACAUGUUCAUACUGAUACCCACCACUGUCAAAUCAGAACAAAGAUCGUUGCCCGUGAAGCCGGUAACAAAACAAGUGAAUAGUGAUAACAGAUACCCAGUGCAUAUGGAUGCAGUUCCAAGUCCACACGAAGGUUACAUUACCCGACAUGUUGUGCCACAAAGCGGCAAAAAUAAAGAUGACUAUGAUAUCAGUCGACGAAUGGGCUUCCUUUGGUCGUGGAACCACAUGAUAUCUAAGAAGUGGAAGUCGUCUCAGUUUCCCGCUACAGGUGAUGAGUCUUUCCAAACAAGAAUGUUGCGAGAUUUCAAACACUUCUGCGCAAAUCAAGAACAAAGACUGAGUCAAUUUUGGGAUCAGUGCUGGGAACUUAAUUAA